UAAUAAUCUACCGUUGCUUGCGACCUAUUGGAGCAGGCAAUCGAGUCACGCCUUCACCAUGGCAUUACCAUGCAGGUAGCACUAUAUAAACAUGUAAAGGUUCGACGGUCGAUCCAGGAGGCGAGUGAGUACUUCCAAGUCACUGGAUCCCAACUGGAAUUAUUAAAUAAAAAAAACAAAGAAAUGAUGAAAUUUUUGACCUUGGUUACCAUCUGUGUGGUGAUGAUGAGUGGCUCAUUAGUCGACGCUAAGCCUAGCUUCCGUCAACUUGUUUUGGGUAAAGCGGAUGAUUCUUGCGUCGGCAGAUGCGGAAUUGCCGGAACUGAUUUGACCAAGCCUUGCCAGUGCAAUCCAUCCUGUCAGCAAUACAACGAUUGUUGCGCUGAUUUCUUGCCAACUUGCAAUACUUGCGAGGGACGCUGCACAGCCGGUUACGACAGCAAAUGGCCGUGUCAGUGCAAUUCUGAAUGCAGUAACUACAACAACUGCUGCCCAGACAAACCAGAUCUUUGCGGAGGCACCGGUGGUGGAGCCGUAACGGAUGCUGAGCUUAGGGCUCUUUCCCAGCAGCUUCAUAUUGAUGACGUCAAUGCUGUCCAGGGUAUCGUCCUCAACAUGCAAUCGACCACGACAUCUGGCAGCACCACCGAUAAGGCUCCAUUGCCGUUGUUUUCGAGCGUUCCAGCUGAUGCCUUCUCUGGCCCAACAAUCAGCGCUCUGUUGGCCCUUUUCGACAAUUACGACGAGAAUUGCAAAGUGACUGAAGACGUUACACCUGAGGAAAUUGCCGAAGAUAAUGCUUUCCUGGACGCCAUCUUGGCUACUAGCGUCAUGCAGCAAGCUCAUCAAUUCCUCGUCUCUAAAGGUUUGGCUGAUGCUGACAUUGCUGUCUUCAAGGAGUACCUGCGUCAAAUUUGGCUCGGUCAAUACAACCGCGGUGGUGGAAUCGAAGGAUCUUCUGGAUUGGAGCACGUUUUCCUCGGCGAGAAGAACGGAAACAGCAUUUCUGGCUACCACGGCUGGAUCAAAUUCUACCAAGAUGAAUUGGCCGGAAGAAUGAACUACCUGGGCUACAUGGCCAAAAUCGAUCUCGGAGUGAGCUCCGUCAUUGAAAUGCCAAUGAAUUGGGACGGCAUCUACAAGUCAAUCAGUUCCAUCUCAGUCUCAGGCAGCCCCGAAAUCGAAUUGGCCGUUGCCACUGUUUGUUUCCUGGCCAGGCCCAAUUCCAAGUGCCCUCUUCAGGGCGCCGAUGGCACAGCCUAUGCUUACCAGACCUACACCCUUGACUACAAUGGCAAUACUUAUGUUGGUAGUGCUUACCCCACCUACUAAAUUUGUAAUGAGAUGAUUUGUAAUCGCCUCCCCAUUAAAUUGUCACCUGCCGAUAUUUUCAAAUUCUUUUCGCCAUACCUGUCACAAAAAUCAAGAAUUAAUUCAUGAUAGAAACGGGCUUGCGAAAUAAAACACAACGUCUACGUUAAA